AUGGCGCACACCUACGGGCCGCUGUGUGUUGAGGAUGGUGAGUUCAGACUGCUCGAACUCCAGCCGGGUAGCGGCGAGGACAUGAUCACGUGUACGAUGCGCUCGACCAGCCUUGCGGAACAGCCGGUAUGCCAGUACGAGACCAUAUCAUACUGCUGGGGUGACCUGGCCCCAGAGGCCAGACUCGAGCUCGAUGGCAACGAACUGAUCAUCCCGGCCAGCGCUGUUGCGGCGCUCCGACGGGUUCGCCUUCCCGACCGCACCCGGUUACUGUUCCUCGACGUCCUGUGCAUCGACCAGACCAACCUCGAGGAGCGAGCGCAGCAGGUCUCGAUCAUGAACGACAUCUACAGCUCCUCCGCUGGCAACCUUAUUUAUCUAGGGGAAGAGGACACUAGCACAGGCCCAGCGGUGCGCACGAUCAGACUGCUUUACGAUGAGAUUCUGCAUGAGACCGACAACCUCGUUGCGCUAGGUUCGACUGUCGCCGACCCAGACACGCGGAACGCCAAUCGAUCGCAAGUAGGGUUCCGUAAUCGUGACGAGCUCGAUUUCGAAGCAUUGGACAGCUUCUUUGGUUUGCCACGACUCUGGGUCACACUCGAGACACUCGUGGCUCCGAGCAACCAGGCCCUGUGCGGAACGCAUUCGUUCAGCCUAGUCGAGCUGCUGAGAGUCUCGGCCUGGCUGCAUUACAAAUCCUUCCACAUCCAGAAGUACGUCCCGAACAGCAUCAAUAACCGCCUCUGGACAUGGUGGGUGGCGCUUGACGAGCAGGUGGACCCGGUCGCGGGACAGUGUGGCGGGUUCCAGACGUUCGCCCAGAUGCUAUCCUACGCCAGUUCGCGCGGCGCUUCGGACGAGCGGGACCGCGUCUAUGCGUUGCACAAGCUGUUCCAAGGUCCACUGCCACCCUCUCUGCUGCCAGACUACCGAAGGCCGCUGGUUGAGCUCAUGUGCGAGGCGACCAGACGCGCCUUCAUCGACGUGGAUGGGAACCUGGAUCUGGGCGUGCUGCACCAUGUGCAUCAUGCGUCCCAGCAGGAGCUGGAAUUAUCUGCGUGGCCGUCGUGGGUGCCGACGUGGACCGAAUAUCAUAACGAUCCGGGGACGUUUCCAGAAUCGUUCUGUGCUGGCGCGCAUUCACCACGUGCGCCUGAUGCUUCUGACACUGAUAGCUCCGCGGAGUUGGUCGUACGUGGUUGCGUUGUGGGAACGGUAGACACCGUUACAGACGCCUUAUCUGAUCGUGUGUUCCAAUGCUGGGAAGGCUUGGACACCUGGAUACAGAGCGUCGAGGAGAGGAUCGACCAAUGGGACCGACAUCGUAAUGAGCCGAGCAGGAAGCGACUGCUGAGUGCCGUCUUGGAAGCAGCGACUUCUGAAAACGGCACAGCAAACCAGGAUCCAAAGACGGGCCUAGAAUGUCUGCUGCAGCACCUCAGGGAAAAGGGAAUCCCUCCCCCUGCACUAGCCCCUGACGAAGAGGACGCCGUCGCAACGAGAGCCAGGAGCAUGUACGACAAGAUCUGGCUCUAUGGAAUUGAAAGACUAGUCUUCGGCACUCACACUGGCUCUCUCGGACUCGGCCCAGCCUUGACGAGAAAAGGCGACGUCGUAGUCGCGGUACCCGGAAGCCCGUGGCCUUUGGUCCUGCGUCCGCAUGCGGAGCGCGGCUUCCGGUUCGUGGGCGAAGCGUACGUCUAUGGUGUCAUGUAUGGUGAGGCCGUCAAGGCUCACGGAGCAGGAUGGUCGGGGGAUGAGGUUUUUACCAUCAGAUGA